GAUGCUACCCGCCAUAAACUCUAAGAAGAGAAAGAAUGACGGAAGUGUUUGGCGACUUGGUGUGGCUGUCAUGACUUUACUAUUAGGGUCCCUUUUGUUUAUAAUAGCAUGUGUGUUCUUUUUUAUACGGUUAUACAUAGUUCUCAGGAAUGGACGUAACUGUAAACCCGGAAAAAAAGGUCGGAUUACUCUUCUUGUCGUCGCGGGAUCAGGUGGUCACACAACCGAAAUCCUGAGGUUGAUGAAGAGCCUUUCAGGUGCUUACACCCCUCGACUCUAUGUUAUUGCUGAUACAGACAGGAUGAGUGAGGAGAGAAUCAGAGCGUUUGAGAAAUCCAGACUCCUGGACUCUGAUCCACAGUUCACCAUUCAUCGGAUCACACGGAGCCGAGAGGUACAUCAGUCAUGGAGUUCUUCAGUUCUAAGCACUCUGAAUGCCCAGUUUCAUGCUAUACCACUCAUCUUCCGAGUCAGGCCUGACAUGGUGCUGUGUAAUGGCCCAGGGACCUGUGUUCCCCUUUGCAUAGCAGGACUUCUACUUGGAAUUCUGGGAAUUAAGAAAGUAUUGAUUGUUUUCAUUGAAAGCAUUUGUCGGGUUGAGUCACUGUCGCUUACAGGAAAAAUCCUUUACCACUUUUCAGACUAUUUUUUUGUGCAGUGGGCCAGUCUGAGGGACAGCUAUCCAAAGUCUAUUUUCCUUGGUCCACUAGUGUGAAUGUUUUUCUUGGAGCUAGAAAGAAAAUGUACAGAAAAUCAAAUUAUUUGGAUGAAUGCUGAUUUUGCUUUUUAUUAUUAUUUUUAUUAAACAUUUUGUAAUGCUGUA